AUGCUUAACCUGAACAGUUUCGAUGCUUCGCGAUACCCGCUGUGGUUAAUGGUCGGCCUGCUGAUGGCGUCCUCACAAUUAGCCAGCGCCGCACAAGCCAGCAUAGACAGGCCAUUCAUCGGCGCAGCUGACAUCGUCGUGCGCGCCCUGGAAAGCUCAGCCAUCACUAUUAAAGAACGAGCCGAUACAGACCGCUUUGUCAUCUUAUACGCAGAAGGUGAAGCACAGCAGAGUGUUGCCAUCACCUUGUUUGCGCUACCUCAGCAAAGCGAUCGCAUGACGGUCACCGUCAAUUCCGCCUCACCGGCAGAUCAGCACUUCGACCACCAAUUGCUCCAGGUAGAGGCUUUUAAUCCACUGUCUUCCGUCAAAGAUCGCCUUGCCUAUGCCGUGAUCAAAGAUGCGUUAGACAAGGGUACACUUGCGCCGGGGCAAACCGUUAUUGAAGCCACCUCCGGCAACACCGGUAUCGCGCUGGCCAUGGUCUGCGCAGUGAUGGGCCACCCCUUUGUUGCCACCAUGGCAGAGUCUUUUUCCGUUGAGCGGCGCAAGAUCAUGCGCGCACUGGGCGCAAAAGUAAUUCUCACGCCUGCAGCAGAGCGCGGCUCAGGUAUGGUGAAACGGGCCGAAGAGCUUGCCGCAAAACAUAACUGGUUCCUGACCAGGCAGUUUGAAAACCCUGCCAACCCGGCUUAUCACGCCAACACCACCGGUCCAGAAAUCCUCAGAGACUUCGCUGGAGAACGACUGGACUACUGGGUCAGCGGAUGGGGCACAGGCGGCACACUCAGUGGCGCUGGGCGCGUGAUGAAAGCUGCCCGACCUGAUUUAAAAGUUGUCGCCACCGAACCGGAACAAGCUGCCUUGUUAUCGGGUGGCGACUGGUCGCCACACAAAAUCCAGGGUUGGACACCAGAUUUUAUUCCCAGUGUGUUAGACCGCGAAGUGGCGGAUAUGAUUGUCACCAUCAAUGAUGAAGAAUCCAUGGCGAAUGCGCUGAAAAUUGCGCAGCAGGAAGGGAUUUUCACCGGCAUAUCCGGAGGCGCUACACUCACUGCGGCUUUGAAGGUUGCAGACCAGGCAGAAGCCGGCAGUGUCAUCCUCGCGAUGCUACCCGAUACCGCAGAGCGCUACAUGUCGACGCCGUUGUUUGCUGAUAUCAACGAAGGUUCCGACGACGAGUGGCUGGACAGCCUGUAA